GUCAUUCUGUUCUGUUCAGCAAAUCCAACUCCCAGUACUUACCAAAACACCAAUAUCAUAAGUCUCAAAGAAGAAAUAAUACAAAAUGCUCAAACAACUCCCCUGUACCCCCUCCGACGCCGACGCGCUCGCAACCCUCUACCUUCAAUGCUUCACUACGCCCGUGGACCAGCGUCUUUGGCCCAACACCCCCGAGAUCCACGCUUGGUGGGUAGCCAGCUUCACCCGAAAACUGACGGAGGGGCUUGAUAAGUACCACAUCCUGAAGGUCAUUGAUACGGAGAAAGAUGACGAGCUUGUCGGAUUCUUGGAGUGGAAGCUCCCUGCCCCCAUACAGCAAGAUCAUCCAGCGAACGGCGAUGAGAAUAAAGACUAUGCCGAGGGUAAAGACCCCGAAACUCAAGAACUCCUCGCCACGUAUCCAUCUCACGUCGGUGAUAUUGAGCUUCUCAAGGAAACAUUGGAGCAGUUCAGGACUAUGAUUGGGGGCAUUAUGGGGGAGAGGAGGUUUUAUUAUCUUAACAUGCUUGGCACGAAGCCCGAGUACCGACGACGAGGCGUCGCGUCGGGGAUGAUCGAGUGGGGAACAAGCCGCGCGGAUAAAGAGGGCCUCGAAACGUUCGUGGUUUCUGCUCCUGGGGCAAGGCCCGUGUAUUUGAAGCAUGGAUUUGAGCUUGCGAUAGAGGGAGAGGAUCUGGGGAAUUUUGUGCCUUGGUAUAUGGUUCGGAAGCCUACGGCUGAGGCAAAGAAAGAAAACAAGAGAGAGGUGGGAUAUGCGAAAUGGUUGUUGGGAGUCUCUGCUGUUCUUGGGGUUGGGGCUAUUAUCUACCAAAGGGUGUAUAGGAGGGCGUUGUAG